AGUCUCGGUCGGAGCCAAAAUGGCGCAGCAGCGGCAGCUGUUGGUUUUGGUUUUGGUUCGGGAAACAAACGUUAAGCGACUGGUACCGUGACCGGACCGCAGUCACGUGAGCGGGGAGAUCACAGGGACCCCAGGCUCGCGCCAGGACGCGCGUGCACGCCGUGGAGAUGGCGGCGCGGCGGGCUGACUGCGGCUGGAAGAGACACAUCUCAGACCAGCUGAAGCUCAGAGACAGAGUCCAGAGACACACCUUUGAGCAGAUCGUCCAGCAGUACAAUCGUCUCUUGGAGAAGUCUGACCUGCAAACCGUCCUCACUGAGCGAUACCAGACAGAGAAGUAUGACGUCCCGAGAGGACAUGAGGCCAGCUCCAUGGACUCGUCCCGUAGCGACUCCCUUCACCAGGAAAUGUCCCAGAUGAGGAUUCGCCACCAGGAGGAGCUGACCGAGCUGCACAAGAAACGAGGCGAGCUGGCGCAGACUGUGAUCGAACUCAACAACCAAAUCCAGCAGAAGGAUCGAGAGAUCCAGAGCAACGAGGCCAGGAUGUUGGAAUACCAGCAGCAGAUCGCCGGCCUGGAGGGAGACUGUCGGGAUCUGAGGAACAACCUGCAGGAGCUGGAAAUGGCCAAUCAGACGCUGAAGGACGAGUACGACGCUCUGCAGAUCACCUUCUCCGCCCUGGAGGAGAAGCUGAGGAAGACGUCAGAGGACAACCAGGAGCUGGUGUCCCGCUGGAUGGCCGAGAAGGCCCUGGAGGCCAACCGGCUCAACGCCGAGAACGAGAAGGACACCAGGCGCAGACAGGCCAAACUGCAGAAGGACCUGGCGGACGCUGCCAAGGAGCCGCUGCCCAUCGAACAGGACGACGACAUCGAGGUGCUGGCUGAGGACGGAGGGAAGGGAGCCGGAGAAACGUCACCAAACCGACCAAUCAGCAGGACGCUGAGCAGGAAAACGUCCCAGCAGCCUCAGGGCGGGCUCCUCGACUCCAUCUCCAACAUCUUCGGCAGGCGUCGGUCGGCGAACUCCUUGGGCACAUCUCCAGAAACCACAGAGACGCCGUCGGGAGGCUGUGCGGAGGUCCGGGUGCCGACCACGGCGCUGCACGUCUUUGAAGCUCAUGACGGAGAGGUGAACACCGUCCGGUUCAGCCCCGGCUCCCGGCUCCUAGCGACCGGGGGGAUGGACCGCAGGGUGAAGCUGUGGGAGGUGAUCUCAGGUCGCUGUGAGGCUAAAGGAGCUCUGACCGGCAGCAACGCGGGAAUCACCAGCAUCGACUUCGACAGCGCUGGCUCCUACCUGCUCGCUGCGUCCAACGACUUCGCCAGUCGAAUCUGGACGAUGGACGACUACAGACUGAGGCACACCUUGACGGGUCACAGCGGGAAGGUUCUGUCUGCUCGAUUCCUAUUGGACAACGCUCGCAUCGUGUCUGGGAGCUACGACCGAACGCUCAAACUGUGGGACCUGCGCAGCAAAGUCUGUAUGAAGACGGUUUUCGCCGGCUCCAGCUGUAACGACAUCGUUUGCACGGAGCAGUGCGUUAUGAGCGGACACUUCGAUAAGAAGGUCCGGUUCUGGGACAUCAGGGCGGAGAGCAUCGUGAGGGAGAUGGAGCUGCAGGGCCGGGUGACGUCUCUGGACCUGAACCACGACCGCAGCGAGCUGCUGACCUGCUCCAGAGACGACGUGCUGAAGAUCAUCGACCUGCGCAGCAACGCCAUCCGGCAGACCUUCAGUGCUCAGGGGUUCAAAUGUGGAGCCGACUGGACCAGAGUCACCUUCAGUCCUGACGGCAGCUACGUGGCCGGCGGGUCAGCAGAUGGCGCUCUCUACGUCUGGAACGUCCUGACGGGGAAACUGGACCGGACUCUGGACCGAAACCACAGCUCGGCCAUCAACUCUGUGUCCUGGUCGCCGUCGGGAACGUACGUCGCCAGCGUGGAGAAGGGCAGCAGAGCCAUCCUGUGGUCUGACAUGUGAUUGGCCGGCGCCCAGGAAGGGGGCGGAGCCAACACAGCCGGCGCUGCUGGACUCCUGAUGAAGCUGCUGAGCUUUUAAUGUUCAGUUUAACUGUGACAGAAGAAGAAGAGCUGGCUCUGAGCGCCACCCGCUGGUUGACAGUUGAAUGGACAGCUGGUGAAGGCUGAGGAAGAGGAGGAGACGGGUUGGUUUGAAACAGAUGAAGAUUAAAGACUCUGAGAGAG